AUGAAGAAGGAAAGGGGCAAGGCCAAAAGCAAGAGACAUGAACUGGCAGCCACAGGACCCCAUCAGGGUAAGGCUCUGAUUAUCUCCAAAUUCAAGGGGCAUUUGCUGAACCGUCCGGCUUCAACCCCAACUGCCACCGUCAUUACCGGGAUGAACCCAAGCCUCAACGGAUCCAACGCCGGCACAACCCCGGAAAGCGAGGAGCGGAUCGACUUGGAAGCACAACCCGACUUGAAGCCCCAAGACUACUUCCUCAAAGUGUCUUCCACCCCCGACCGCGGCCUUGCAGUAUUCGCCACCCGCAAAAUCAAGGCUGGAACACUGAUCCUGGCCGAAAAGCCUCUGAUAUCACUUGACAAGGACAAAGAAAACGACUAUUCUGCUAUCGAACGCGAGUUCUCGUCCUUGUCUCGUGCAGAUCAAAAGGCCUACCUCAAACUCUUUGAUGCCCAGAAAUCCCGAAUGUCUCGUGUCGUCUCGAUCUAUUAUAGCAAUUGUUAUAAUUGCGACGGCUUCAAGAAUGACGGCCAAGGGGGUUCGGCGAUUGGCGCCAUCGUGAGCAGGAUCAAUCACAGCUGUGUCCCCAACGUCCAGUUCAGCUAUGACGGGGCUACUGACGAGAUCAAAUUUCAUGCCAUCCGCGACAUGUCUCGUGGCAAGGAAGUGUGCAGCAACUACGACAAGUCCGUGUUCGAGGUUACGUCCAAGCGGCAGGGGAAACAGCAGAUGCAUUACGGUUUCGUGUGCCAGUGUGAAGCUUGUGAGCCCAAGAACGAGUUCUGGGCCAAAAGCGAUGAGAGGAGGAAAGGCAUGUAUAAAGCUCUCCGCGUCGUGCAGGGCUGUGAGAAGCGAUAUUCGGAGACCAGGGCCCACGUCGGAGCAGGAGAAAAGAAUGAUGAUGGUGUGGAUGAUGCUUUGAAUGCUUUGGUAAAGUUGGAGAGAUUGCUGCUCAAGGAGUGCCUCGUUGGUGUGCCCUUGGCGAACACGUACCGGAGCAUGGCAAAGUGGGCAGAGAGAAAAGGAGAUCUCCAAGGGGCCACGAAAUGGAAGAUCAAAGAGAUGGAGGUGUGCAUUAUUGGUUUUGGAAAAGAGGCUGCGAGAACGAAGGCUAUCGACGCCAAGUUGAAGGAGUUGCGAUCCGCGUCAAGCUGA